GUGCGCCUGGGGGCCCUCUCGCCUUUGAAAGUCAUCUCUGGUCAAGAGCUCCGUGACACCGUAUCCGCUCUUGGCUUGACAGCCUAUGACGUUGAGGACAUGAACCUGAUGCUGAACUUUCUGGCAGACUUUAUCCAGCUUGAGUUCCCGCAUGCCGUCGAG